GAUCUAGUGCGGUGACGUCUCUGCCUCUGUCUCUGACAAUCUUCGUUGACAACAAUAAUUGUUGUCGUGGCUCAACACUUGGAAACCCACAAUUUCCGCCCGAAGUGCUCGAUCUGCGAUUUGUGAAUGAACAUUGAGAUCAGACGUAGCGCUGCCGUCCUUGUUGCAAGUGUCGAGUCGGUGUUCUCAUCUGUCCAGGCGACUGAGAACAAGAUUCGGAGAAUGGGACGAUCUGGGACGGCAAGCAGAUUUUGCUUGCGGAGAUGGACGCUGGACCUGCACUAGAAUCGAGGUCUAGAGAAUUUGUGGCAGCGAGCGGAGGAUCUGUGGAGAGCCGACGAGGCCGAUGACGUGAGUAGAAUUUGGAUGGCGGGAGGUAUGGAUCACGCGGAGGCGAGGCCGUUUGUCGGAGUCUGCGGGCGAAUUUGGAGGAAAUGGAAAUUCGCGGGGAUGGCGCUCUUGGGUUUCUCGACCUUGCUGCAACUGUUGCAGCUUGAAAAUUCCGCCAUGGUUGAAGCGAUGUCGCUCCAGCACAGAGCUGAACUCCGUGAGGAUGUGCGCCAAAUGUACGCCUUUAGAAGACGAGACAUCUCCCUUUCUCCUCUUCUGUAAAUUCUGCUGUGACCAGUCCGCUCUAUGUACUGAAUUAUCAUGAAAAAGAACGAGCGCUCUGGCUCGGGAUUGUACCAUUGUCGGUCUUGCAAGAAACAGGUUUCUGACAACGUUUGUCAUCAGGAGCUUAAAGCGGAAACGAAGUAGAAUUUCGCAGUUGUUAACUUGAUGUUUAAACCGAAUUUGUUGGAUGAUCUGACUCACCCCUGUUAUCCCUUGUUUUCGUCUCGUGCUUAUCAGUAUUCUAAGCCAUUGUCAUGAUUUUCAUAGGGCCCUAACUGAAUAAUUGGAAUUUAUGGACGUUCGGUCGAAAUAACUUUCCCGCGAAAUUUUGUGCUCUAUAUCGACUUUUGAUCAUCUUGAAAUUGGCUGCAAACUCGUGGACCAACUUCAUCAUGUCAGUAUGUUGAAGAUGUGCAAUUUGAGACGCUGAUUGUUAGCCGGAUUGACUCAGGUUUCACCACGCCUACGACAAUUACAUGAAAUAUGCAUUCCCGCAUGAUGAGUUGAAGCCAUUGUCCCGAGGCUACACAGACUCCCUUGGCGAGCUAGGCAAUCUCAAGCUGGAGCAUCUCUCAAGUACCUACAAUGGUACGGCGUUAACACUAAUUGAUUCUUUAACAAGUUUGGCUAUUCUUGGUAACAGCUCUGAGUUCGAGAAAUCCGUCAAUUGGUUGGGGGAGAAUCUUUCAUUUGACUUGGAUGUCCGAGUUAAUGUUUUUGAAUGCAACAUCAGAUUGCUGGGUGGUCUGAUAUCAGCUCAUAUGCUAGCUCUUGACUUAAAGAGUCUGAUGCCCAGCGGAUACAAUGGCCAUUUACUUCGUCUUUCAGAGGAUUUGGGUCGGCGUCUAUUGCCAGCAUUUAAAACUCCCACCGGGAUACCAUACGCAUGGAUCAAUCUAAAGUAUGGAUUAAGAGAAGACGAAACACCCGAAACCAGUACAUCCGGUUGUGGCUCGCUUAUUUUGGAAAUGGGUGCCCUUUCCCGACUGACUGGUAACCCGGAGUUCGAGGAUGCAGCUCUACUUGCUCUUCGUAAGCUGUGGAGCAUGCGUAGCCCUCUCAAUCUCGUGGGGACGACUCUUAAUGUGAUCACGGGACAAUGGAUCGAACACUCUUCUGGAAUUGGUGCUGGCGUUGAUUCAUUCUACGAGUAUCUGAUGAAAGCAUACAUACUGUUUGGAGACGACGAGUACUGGGACAUGUUUCACGAUGCUUACAUGGCUGUACAACAAUACUACCGACACGGUCCUUGGUAUCAUGAUGCCGACAUCAGAACAGGCGGUCCUACUCACAGACAGCUGACUAGCUUGCAGGCAUUUUGGCCAGGUUUGCAAGUACUGGUUGGUGAUGUUGGAGCUGCAAAUGGCACUCACCGUGAGUUUGUCCAUGUCUGGGAGAAAUAUGGAGUCAUUCCUGAAAGGUAUUUAUUUGACAGAGAGAUUAUACACCCAACGGAAAGAUACUAUCCACUGCGACCGGAGUUAGCGGAGUCCACUUUUUUCCUCUACCAAGCCACAAAAGAUCCGUGGUAUUUAAGAGUUGGAGAACUACUUGUUAACUCGCUGAACGUCUACACGCGUGUGAAUGGUGGCUUUGCUAGCGUCAGGGACGUGUUGACCAUGGAGCUGGAAGAUCAUCAACACAGUUUCUUCCUCUCAGAAACGUGCAAAUACUUGUAUCUUCUGUUCGAUGAUAGCUUCUUAAAGGGACAGAACUAUGUCUUUACCACAGAAGGUCAUCCUUUGCCAGUAUUGAGGGCUUGGCAGCAAUGGCAACCGUCCGUUGAAUCAUCCUUAAACACGGAAAGGAAGAGAGGUAACAAAGACAGCGCCCUUGAUUUUCGAAUAUGCCCUAAUUUGAAGAUGAAUGACUGUAAAAAUUGUUCGCUUAGAAUUGACUGUAAAACUUGUUCGCUUAGAGUAGAGAGUGCUUGCCAUGUCCUAGACAAGCAGUUAGACCAUCGAUGUACACAAGACACGGACUGUGGACUGGAUGCCAGUUCUUGUCGGCGAAGGUCGUGUAGCGGGUCUGGUUAUUGUGGCAUAUGGUCGAAAUAGGUUUGUAUGCUCACGAUAUGGUAGCCACUAGACUUACACCCUGAAGGUACCCGCAUUUUCCGUUAGGUGCUACCAACAUUCUUUGUUAAUCCACGCUCAAGGCCUCUUAGCUGAGUAAGGCCAGCUGGAUUAUCUUGUGCUGACAGUCUGACUGCGACGGUCAUGAAUUGCGCAUUAGAAACGUCCUGUACUGUGUUUGACGUUUACUGUCUUCUUGUAAUACGGCAUAUAUUGUCCAGAGAAUUCAUUGUCAUUGUCUGCGUUUGUCAAGUUUCAAAGCAAAAUUACAAUUUACAGCUGGCUCUGAUUGCGAAACUCUUAAACAAUGCCAGACAGUAUUAACAUUUGUGUAAGCUGUGGCUGUGAACAUUCUCACAUCGAAGGUGAUGCGGGUGCUCCAUGGUAGCGUUUGUUCUAAGUAAUUACGUAAGUCAAAUUUUUGGUUAACUUCAAAAGUCGAACCCUCUCUCUUCCACUCUCCUGCCAU